AUGUCAGCUGUCAAUGACACCAAAUACACACCUGCAGUGUUCCUUCUCACCGGGAUACCUGGAAAGGAAGACGUCCAUCUCUGGAUCUCUAUCCCCUUCUGCUUCAUGUAUCUUAUUUCAAUAAUAGGAAAUUCAGUCAUUCUGUUCAUUAUAAAAACAGAUCCAAGCCUCCAUGAGCCCAUGUACAUUUUCCUUUCCAUGUUGGCCGUCACAGACCUUGGCUUAUUGAUAGCCACCAUACCGACGAUAUUGGGCAUAUACUUGCUUAACUCUAGGGAGAUCAGCCUCAAUGCCUGUCUUGCCCAGCUAUUCUUCAUCCACUUGCUUAAAUGCAUUGAAUCCUCCGUGCUCUUGUUAAUGGCCUUUGACCGCUUUAUCGCGAUCUAUAACCCACUAAGAUAUGCUUCCAUCUUAACCCUGCCAAGAAUAGGCAAGAUAGGACUGGUGUGUGUGCUCAGAGGGGUGGCUGUAAUACUCCCAAUCCCUUUUCUUCUUCAACGGUUACAAUAUUGUCGAGCCAAUGUCCUCUCCCAUUCGUACUGCAUAAACCAGGAGGUCAUGAAGAUGGCUUGUUCGGAUAUCAGAGUGAACAGCAUCUAUGGCUUGUCUGUUCCACUCUUGACGGUGGGGCUGGACUCGCUGCUCAUCUUUCUCUCUUAUGUGAUGAUCCUCAAAACAGCGCUGAGCAUCGCGUCCAAUGCAGAGCGCCUCAGGGCCCUGAACACCUGCGUCUCCCACCUCUGUGCCGUCCUGCUCUUCUACAUGCCAAUGACCGGCCUGUCUAUGAUACACAGAUUCGGGAAGGGCUCUUUUCCCUUGUUUCAAACUGUCCUGGGUUAUAUCUACCUGCUGGUCCCACCCCUGAUGAACCCAAUCGUGUACAGCGUGAAAAGCAAACACCUUCGUGAGAGGAUAAUCAGGGCAUACAUCAAGUGA